AUCAGACAUCCCAGUUCUUAAAGCCUGAAACAUGUGCUUCUUCGACCAGCAUCGAUUUGCCUGUGGCGAUUGGAAGUGGGGCCACUUCCGACAGCACUGUGCCAAGGAGUACCGAAUUGGGGAGACGUGCGGCAUGAAACUCAUCAUGCAAACAGUUCCCACAGGGACGAAGUGCAAGCUCUGUGAGAAGAUCGACACCAAGAUGCGGCGCCGGGCCGCUGAGGUGGACCGCAUCGGACGGUGGCAGCGCGAGCCGCACAAAUUCGCUGCCUCGAUUGAGAAGUCGGUGGACCUGAUUCGAGGUCUUGAUAGCGAAAUCUAUGAGCUCAGCUGCGAGCGCAACCGCAGACUGCAGCAGAUUGGGCAACAUUGAGCUCGCCGUGGUCAUGGCGCGGGCGUUAGGGAACUGGUUUCAUGUACAACGUUUCGGGUUUUCUUUCCAGAUUGAAUCCAUUCAUUUUUGACGUCUGGAGGUGGGAUGACGCAGGAAUUUGGCUUUGAGCGACAGAUGACGGGAUAAAUACGGCCGGGCGUUACCUCUUACAAUCGCUUCUUUUCUAUAACUGAACCCCUUGAGCUUUAGUGAUGCAAUGA